GUUCACUAGCGCACCAAGCUAACUCAUUUUGUAUUCUACUGGAAGACAUGGGGGCUGUGUGUCCCAGCAGUCAUUGACAGCUGAGAGUCUACUUUAUCAAAAUAAAUAAAACUAAGACGCCUUUUCACGUUAAGCUGCCAGGUCAGACCUGAACAUGGAGUCCAUGCUGAACAAGCUAAAAAGCACCGUCACAAAGGUGACGGCAGAUGUUACCAGUGCUGUGAUGGGCAACCCGGUGACACGGGAGUUUGAGGUUGGACGACAUAUCGCCAGUGGUGGUCCUGGUUUGUGUUGGAGGAUCUACAAUGGCACCAAGAAGUCCACCAAACAGGAAGUGGCAGUGUUUGUGUUUGAUAAGAAGAUGAUUGACAAGUAUCAGAAAUUUGAGAAGGACCAAAUAAUUGAUUCUCUGAAAAGAGGGGUGCAACAGCUGACCAGAUUGCGUCACCCCCGUCUCCUGACUGUGCAGCAUCCUCUGGAAGAGUCACGAGAUUGUUUGGCGUUCUGCACAGAGCCGGUGUUUGCCAGUCUCUUCAAUGUGCUCGGCCAUUGGGAAAACCUGCCCAGCCCCGUGCCUGCUGACAUCAAGGAGUACAAACUCUAUGAUGUGGAGACCAAGUAUGGCUUGCUACAGAUCUCGGAGGGUUUGUCCUUUCUUCACAGUGGGGUGAAAAUGGUCCAUGGCAACCUGAGUCCAGAGAACAUCAUCCUCAACAAGAGCGGAGCCUGGAAGAUCAUGGGCUUUGACUUCAGCAUCUCCUCUACCAACCCAUCAGAUGCUGAUCCUAAAUACACAUGUAAAGAAUGGGAGCCCAACCUCCCUCCUCUCUGCCUCCCCAACCCUGAGUACCUGGCUCCUGAGUACAUCCUGUCUGUCAGCUGUGAUUCAGCCUCUGACAUGUACUCGCUGGGUGUGGUCAUGCAUGCUGUCUUCAAUGAGGGAAAGCCUGUUUUCCAAGUCAACAAGCAUGACAUUUUUAAGAGCUUCAGCAGGCAAUUGGACCAGCUGACCAAUAUAAGUCCAGCACUGUUGAACAAGAUCCCAGAGGAAGUGCGGGAACAUGUCAAGAUGCUGCUCAGUGUCACGCCUACUGUCCGACCUGAUGCUGACCAGAUGACCAAGAUCCCAUUUUUUGACGACGUAGGUGCAGUGACACUGCAGUACUUCGACUCUCUCUUCCAGAGGGACAAUCUACAAAAGUCCCAGUUCUACAAAGGCCUCCCAAAAGUCCUGCCUAAACUACCCAAGAGAGUAGUGACGUAUCGCAUCUUGCCAUCGUUGACUUCUGAGUUCAUCAAUCCCGACAUGGUUCCCUUUGUGCUUCCCAACGUGCUGCUGAUAGCCGAAGAGUGUACCAAGGAAGAGUAUGUUCGUCUCAUCUUGCCCGACCUCACACCUGUUUUCAAGCAGCAAGAGCCCAUCCAGAUCCUGCUGAUCUUCCUGCAAAAGAUGGACCUGCUGCUGACCAAAACACCAGCGGAGGACAUCAAGAACAGCGUGCUGCCUAUGGUUUACCGAGCUCUGGAAGCCCCUUCUGUACAGAUCCAGGAGCUGUGCCUGAACAUCAUCCCGACGUUUGCCAACCUGAUUGAGUAUCCGUCCAUGAAGAACUCCCUCAUCCCUCGAAUUAAAUCAGCUUGCCUACAGACCUCCUCUCUAGCCGUGCGGGUGAACUCUCUAGUAUGUCUGGGGAAGAUUUUGGAGUACUUGGACAAGUGGUAUGUCAUUGAUGAGAUCCUGCCCUUUCUACAACAGAUCCCCUCUAGAGAACCAGCAGUACUCAUGGGCAUCCUAGGAAUCUAUAAAUGCACCUUCACCCACAAGAAACUGGGCAUCCCCAAAGAGCACCUCGCCUCCAAAAGCCUGCCCCACCUUGUGUCUCUUAGUAUAGACAACAACCUCAACCUUAAUCAGUUCAACUCGUUCAUGGUGGUUAUCCGUGACAUGCUGAGUCGCAUGGAGGCUGAACACAAGACCAAGUUGGAGCAGCUGCAUGCCAUGCAGGAGCAGCAGAGGAGUUUGAACAUAUCUACCACAGGGAUCCAGUCAGAGGAAACCAAGAGUCCACCUAGCUCUGGGAACCAGAUGGAUGAUAUCUUUGGCAGCACAGGGGUUAAUGGGAAAGAGAAUGGAUCUACAGCUACAGCCCCACAGCCUAAUAGAAUGUCGCUGACUCUAGAGGAGAAACAGCGAUUAGCUAAGGAGCAAGAGCAGGCAGCCAAACUGAGGAGCCAGCAGCCUUUAGCACCACAGACUAUCAAACCAGCCUCCACCAACAACACUCAGACUAAGGAUCUGACCAGCAGCCUUUUGAACAACAUGGCAUCUAUAAACAGUUUAUCCUUGGCUAACACACCACGACCAGCCCCAGUACAGGGCAGCACCAUGUCUGUCUAUCCCUCCCCCACCCCCAUGGUGGCCCCCAUGGGCGCCCCAGUGUCCAAUGGCUUCAACCCAUCCAUGGGAUUCCAGGCAGGAGGCAUGGGGAUGGGCAUGCGGCCUGCAGGCCCCAGCACCUACGGCGGCAUGGCCACCACCACCAGCACCCCAAACUUUGGCGCCCUCACACAGAAUCAUGGACCUCUUGGACAGACCAAUAAAGGCCCUGACAUGUCAGCCUUGGACAAUCUUUUUACAGCCAACAAGCCCAAAGUCUCCCUCAACCAAAUGGGUCCUAUGCCUCCACCUGGAACCAACACCCCCUGGCUCAAUCAGUACGGUUCAGCCCAGAACUCUCAGACUCAGAUGCAGGGAGCGCCAGUAGGUAUGGGAGGGAUGCAGAGUGGAUUUGGGAUGCAGGCAAACCCAUUUUUCAGCCCACAGAACUUCUCUCAACCUACCGCUACCCCUGGCAUGAACCAAAGUGGGCUUAAACAAAGUGCAUCUGUCAACAAUGAUCUGAAAGACUUAUUCGGCUAAAAAGUAUAAAGCAUAUUCUUUUAAUGACUGUGGACAGAACAGCCUUGAUUUCUCUGAAUGUGAAGAUUUAAAAUCCCAUCAAGGGGUGUCGCUGUCUGUAUUUUUAAUCUGACCUGGUUUAAAUUCUGAUCACAUUUUGCUGGCCGAUAGGCCUCGGCAAAUUAACCUGCACCUGAAUUCCAAUUCUACUUGACCAGAAGGACAAAUGGUUGGGGUGGGAACUUCUUCUAUGCUGUGUUCUUUAAAUGCUGGGGGUUUCCUACUGUUUUUGUACUUGACAUUCUUGGGAGUGCAGAUGUCACGGGUUGAGAUUAAUCCCAGCUCAGUUUAUUUAGGAAGGAUUUUUUUUGUUUUAUACAUAUCAUGAGUGAUCAAAUGGCUCGACUGGACUCAACUCCCUGAACUAUUUGCAUCAGAAUCACUCCUUAAAUCCUGGAAGAAGACAGAAAAAUUGUCUUCCUUGGUUCAUAUCAGCUUAUUUGCACUCAUCUUAUCCAGGCUUCUGUACCUUUUUAUUGCUUUCCCAGACUAUAUUAUGAUUUGCUGCAUGUCUAAAGUAAUCACAGGUUGGCUUAAAAACAAAUACCGCAUAAACCAAAAUGUCUCAGCCCCGGGGGAGGUAGCUUGAAGUGUAGCACUAACAAGCUUGCAGUCACUGAUCUGCAUCCAGGAGGCUCCUCCGUGGAGAUGAUAUGAAAGGGGAUGUAGAAAAAUGACUGCCCAACAGUUGCUGUAGUAGACUGCAGUCUGUCUCCAUGGUAACUGCUUCUCUGCAGCACCAGUAGCCUCCAUUUUGUGAAAACAAAUUGGACUGGCUCACAUUCUUUUAUCUGGGGUGAGCUAUAGUGAAGUUGUAGUGGAGCUAUCAUGAAGGUUAGCUUUCUUUCUUUCUUUCUUUCUUCCAAUAUUCUCUGACAUGUGAGCAAGCAUGUUGUAAAGGAAAAAGGGUUAGUUUUGUCUUGUCAGAGUUUAACAACCAUUUCACCUCCUUUGGAAACAAAAGACAUGAAUGAGUUUCUGUAGAUGCAGUAUCUGAUGAGGAUAUGUAGAGUAGCUUUUACAGCAGUGUCCUUUUUAACCAGAUGCUAAUGUUAAAGGCGACAAACAAGGAGCACAUGCACUGCUUAGGCUAUUGUGCCUUACAAUGUGUACAUGUGUAAAACAAGACAAGACAGUAUUGAUCUGUUAGUCAAGUAUUGACAUUUUCCCCUCUAAUCAGUCGUCUGGAGUUUGCUUCUCAAAAUGAUUCUAAAGUUUGCUUUGUUGCAUGUUACUGAACUUGACCACAAAAGAUCUAAAGUUUGAUUUUUAGCAUCUUUUCUAACAAUGAUUCCUAAUGAUUCUAGUGACCAAUGAUAUACUCUUAUUUCACACACAUACAAGCUGGAUUUUCUCUGAGGUUUUUAAGGCGCUCCCAAUCCUGCAGUGUACCAUUUCUGUUUAACAAUUUGUAUAAUGAAGAAGAAGAAAUCACUAUAUAUUUUGAUUUCAGCACUUUUCAGCUGUCGGAGGACCUGUGCUGGUGAUGUGAUGAUAUUAUGAAGUGUAAAUAUAUAGUUAUUUAAAAAUGGAUUGCUAUGUGAGGGCCUUGGCAUUUUUAUGUUCUUGUGAUAAUGGUUAAGAGGCCUUAGAUGAGUUGUGUGCAAUAAUCUUUACUGGUAGUUGAGGGGGACACUGUAGUGCAUUUCAAUUUGCUAAUGAAGCUACAUGUCCUAUCUCUUCAACGUCAUUGACCUACAAUAACCACAUAGGUCUGUCAGAUUUUCUAAACUGCUUCAACAUUAAUGUGUACUCAUUCAAAAUCUCACAUUUUGAAGGUAAUUACACCAUUUUAGAGUUUUUAGAUGCACCUGGGUCACAUUGUGUUACUGAUGAAAAUGAUUGUUGUUAACAUGCCGAAGUGUAAUGUCUUUAAUUAGAUUAACUUUUUUUUUUUUUUUUGGGAUAACAAUGCCACUUAUACACAGUGGGCUUUCUGUCCAGCUGCAUGGCAGUGUUACUCGCUGGUGAACCUUACUCUUCAGGUUCUCUUCAUUUCUCCCAUUGUCACUGGCUACAAAUGUGUCUGUGAUCGGAUCUUUUUCCAUCUGUUGAUCAGCAUGUAUUACAGUACGUGACAAUUUUGAUUUCAUCACAAAGUGGAUGUGAUCUUUGGAGAGUGUCGCAUAUCCUGGCAGAACCCCCAAAGCAGAAAACUAAAGCUUAUUCUUCUACAAAAAAUAGUUUGUGUACUACCGCUGUCCAUAUAUGUGUAGUGUGGCCCUUGUUUUAUGUGUUAAGGUGCUGGUGUCUGAGGUGGUUCAAUGAAAACCUGUACAUAU